UUAACAAAGAUUUCUAUUAAAAAUUAAAGCGCUAAGCGCAUUGUUAAGGCAUAAAUAAAUUUGUGAACUAAAAGUAUGACUAGAUCCAGUAUCGAAUUGGGCGACGUUACGCCACAUAACAUAAAGCAACUGAAGAAGCUCAACACGGUUGUGUUUCCCGUUUCCUACAAUGACAAAUUCUACGUGGACGUAUUGGAAGCCGGCGAACUGGCCAAGCUCGCCUACUACAACGAUAUUGUUGUGGGCGCCGUCUGCUGCCGCAUUGAUACGACCGAUAAUCAGCGGCGUCUCUAUAUAAUGACACUGGGCUGCUUGUCGCCGUACCGACGCCUGGGCAUUGGCACCGUCAUGUUCGAGCACAUACUGAACUUUGCCGAAAAGGAUGGCAAUUUCGACAGCAUCUUUCUGCAUGUGCAAAUCAACAACGAUGGCGCCAUCGAAUUUUACAAGAAAUUUGGCUUUGAAAUUGUCGACACCAAAGAGCAAUACUACAAACGCAUCGAGCCAGCGGAUGCCCAUGUGCUGCAGAAGACUCUGCGCCGCAAGAAAUCAGAUGCGCACCAUCAUGCGUUUACCAACGGUGCUGUGAACGACAAGAAGGAUCGGCGAACCUGAAAACGAGCCCUGUGACGGCUGUUUCCUUACCCAAAACUCAUGCAACAAUAAUCCCAACAACAACAACAACCACAACAACAGAAACCGUAUUUAGUUUUAAAAAUUUCAUAUUGAACAAAAUCAUACAGUUAAACAGACAUCUGCUCAGUAACAACACAACUAGGAGUAAAGUACGCCAAUUAUAUACGUUAAUAUGAUCUAAUUCUAGCCGUUAGAUAGUCCACAUAUGUGUGUAGCGUGUGUACGCAAUGGCGCUAAAUAAAACCAACUGGCAAAUUG